AUGUGCAUGCUUAACCUGCACCAAAAUAACCUACCUAAAAUAAUGAACAAGAUAGAGCAAAUCAGUCCUAGUUUAGGGUUAAGAACUGAGGACGUUCAGCAGCUCAAGCAGCAUUUUGAAAUCUUUUCUAUUGAGAGUGAGCAAAACAAAAAUGUCUCUGCGAAUUUUGAUCAGAAUAUGAGUGAUUAAGCAGAUAAUGGAAAGGGUUAUGGAGGUUAUAAUGAAGAGGAUUAUAAGAUGAUGUGUACAAGAGAUGAUGACGAGAUAGUAUUUGAUGAACUGGGUAAUCUCUACCUGCUAGAUGACUUGAUUUUGCAACUGCUGGUGAAUUUCAAGAAAACUUGCUUGCAAUGA